AAUAAUAAACUUUGCAGUAUGGAGGACAAUUUGAAAAAAACUGAGAAGAAAGGAGGGUUAAAGCGAACUUUAUCACGAAAACAAGAGAGAAGACGACUUCGUAUUGAAAAAAAAUCAAGAAAGCAUGUUUAUUUUUCAAAUUCUCAGAAGGCAGAAAACAAGAUAGCAGAACAAGUUGAGAAAAAAACACAAGAAAAUGGUCUACAAAAAAAGAAAAGAAAAAGAAAAAACAGAAAUAAAACUAAAAUUGAGGAUGACAAUUUUUAUACUGCAAAACAGCCUAAGACCUCCAUUUAUGUUAAUAACGACGAAGAAGAGAUUGAAGAACUAGAAAAAAAACUUAGUCUUAACAAGAAAUCUAAAACUCCCAAUUCUUUCUUUGAUGAUGGUCUCGGUGAUAUCAUUGAUAUGUGUAAUGCCAUUGAACAUGGCUCUCUGAAGACUCAAAUGGACAGUUUCUGUGAUGAUUUAGAGGAAAACGAUGUUGAAUUCGAAAGACACAAUGAGAUCGAUUCUUGCAAAGAAUUAAAUGAAUCUGAAGACUUUUCUUUUUGUGGUGAUGAAGCAAAUGAAGAAUUCGGUGAUGAAUCCGAACCUCCGUCUUCAAAUGAAAGUUGUGCAAAUUCAGUGAAUGAUAAUGAAAUGUAUUGUGAUGAAAAAACUGUGAAUUGUUUGACAGAAAACGAGGCAGAAAAAAGCCAAACAAAUUUUGAAGAAGAAAAUGGAACAACACGAACGAGUAAUGUGGACAUUUAUGGCGGUGCGACCUCAAAAUAUGUUCCACCUCAUCAAAGACUUCACCUUGAGUCUAAACAAACCAAUGAAAGAUUAAAGAAACAAAUAAAAGGACUUCUUAAUCGUCUGAGUGAAUCCAAUAUAUCAACAGUGAGUGGUCAAAUUGAACAUUUGUAUAUGACUAACAGCAGAAAUGAACUUAAUGAAAUUUUAUCGGAUCUUUUAAUGGAAUCCUGUAUCGUCAAGACUGCGAUGCCUGAUGGGCUAUUACGUGAACAUGUUAUGUUGAUUGCUGUUCUCAAUUGUCGUGUUGGAUCGGAAAUUGGUGCUUAUCUUCUUCAGAAACUGGUUAUGCAGUUUGAUAAAUUUCACUCGAAUGUUACAUCCAGUAGAGAAAGCAAAGAAAUCAAUAACGUUGUAACGCUUUUGGCAUUUUUUUAUUGUUUUAAGAUCGUUGAUUGUGUAUUAAUUUACGAUAUUUUUCGAUCUUUGGUCGAUAAAUUUGAAGAAACGGACAUUGAGUUGUUGUUGUUAUUAAUACGACACGUUGGAGUUGAACUAAGACGUGAAAAUCCUCAAUCCUUGAAAGAAAUAAUUCUUCAAAUCCAAGCGAAAUCUGCAGUUAGUUGUAAAAUGACCAACAAUUCGAGAACAAGAUUCAUGUUGGAAACUAUGAAUGCUUUAAGAAACAACAACAUUAGAAAAAUUCCAAAUUAUGAUCCUGCACCUGUUGAAAGAGAAAGAAAAAUACUGAAAAGUAUUACAGGUUCAAAUGAAAAUGCAAGAUUAAGUAUUCCACUUGAAGAUCUUUUAUCAGCUGAGAAAAAAGGUCGAUGGUGGAUUGUGGGCUCAGCUUGGAAUGAGAGAGAAAGAAAAAAUUCUUUGAAGGAUGGUAAAAUAAAGUCAUGUCAUAAUAACAUGAUAGAAAUCUCUCGACAACAAAGAAUGAAUACAGAUAUCAGAAGAAAUAUAUUUUGUACAAUUAUGAGUAGUGAGGAUUAUAUUGAUGCGUUUGAAAAAUUGAUGAGAUUGAAAUUAAAAGAUAAACAAACUAGAGAGAUAGUUCGUGUGUUGAUGGAUUGCUGUUUACAGGAACAACCAUACAAUCCAUUUUAUUCUUAUCUCAUUCAGAAAUUUUGUGAGUUAAAUCGUAGUUUUCAGAUUACUGUCCAGUAUUCACUUUGGGAUCGCUUCAAAAUGGCUGCAGAUCUUUCAAAUGAAAAUCUUUCUAACAUGUCAUGUCUUCUUGUUCAUCUUUUUGGCAAAAAAUCACUGUCGUUAUCAGUUUUAAAGGUUGUAGACUUCACUACAUUAGAUAAAAGAAUGGUGCAGUUCUUUACUGAACUGCUUACUCGUCUUUUAUUGGACUAUCCUCCAUCAACAACAAGAGAUGUCUUUUCAAGAAUUACGUCAAUUUCAAAUUUGGACACACUAAAGGAAAGUUUGAAAUUAUUUAUGAAACAUUUUAUGAAGCCAAAAAAGUUAACAUCAGAGAUAAAACACAAAACGAGAAAAGAAGACAGAACAUUUAAGUUAGAAGAAAGAAUUAACAUAGCAUUUGAUGCUUUAACUGGUAUUGACAUUAGUUAGGUACAAUUAAAAUAACAAUUGUGAACUUCAA